GCCACUUCCCGCGGUGCAACCGCUGAGCCAACAAGGUCGUCCGGGCUUGUUUUCUGAAAACUUUGACAUCGUUUUCAUCUUUUCUUUGCCUAAAAUAAGCGUUCUUUCUUGUCGCACGUGGCAUGAGUGGUAACUGCGCUAAAACUAGUCUAAAAGUAACACCAACGCCGACCGGGAUGGUCAACGACCAUCCAUUUCUUGAACCUCUUGAAUUUGGUCCUUGAAUGGGAAUCUCGACGAACACCUGCCCUAGGGAGGAAUUAUUUACCUAACUGAAUAAUUGAAUUUGCUAUGUCUCGUGCGGGCAGUGCAUCGUCCAAACCGCCGGCCAGCGCUAGCGCUGCUGGCGGGGAAGCGCCUGCCAGUGGAAAGCAAACACCGGCUGCUGCAGCGGGCGUGACGGCGAAUGGGAGCAGCGAUCAGGACGGAGCAGAGGGUGCGACGAGAUCCACAGCUGCAACGCCAGCAGUGGCCGACCCACCCACUGCUAGUGACCAUGCUGAAGGUCCAGCAUCGCAACCGGACACCAGUGGUGGCGACGGUGGCGCAGAAGGUGAGGGUGAGGGCUCUGAAACUCAAGUAGAGAAGAUACGCAUACGCAAACUACCUGAUGAAUUACCAGCGGGAGCAAAACCACUGUUUAUGUCCGGCCCGUCGCAAGAAAUCUUCCACUGUACGCCGGACGUUGAUAUCAACGACGCCGACAUGUUCAAGCUGAUCCUGAAGGCCGACAUCAUGCAAGACUUCAAAAACCGGGCGUCAGUCUGUGAUUUCCACCCGGUCAAGUCCGAUAUACAGAACUACCCUGGUGACGAGGUGCUCAUUGUCAUGGACCGGGAUUACAAGUACGGAGAGAACUUUGUUGUUUGCUUGACCGAAGAGGCCAAGGAAUUCUUCCUUCAGCUGCCAUUUGAAGAGGAGCACAAGGCAAAAGGAGGAGGAGAAGGUAGUGAUGGAGAGGAUGAAGACGAGGAGGAUAUUCCCAUCCCGAAGACACCGAUACCACGACCCUGGGAGAACCUAGGCAGCGACAUGGAAGUCAUUGAAGCUCAGUGCAAGAAUCAGCGACAACUGCUCCAGGUGAAGUAUUUUCGAAAGAGACGCUUCUUCGGCGCCCCUGUGGAGUUUUCCGAUUCCGAUUUCAAGGAGAGAGCCGUCCACGAGUGCUUACCAAGCUCGAAUGAGAUCAAGUCUGUACCGAUCAUGGAGAAGGACAAAGCAAUUCAAGCUAUACCAGAGACAAUAGACGCCAUGAUACAGACUACAUGGGUGAAGAAGGUUCACAUGGCUAUUCAGUACGAGCCUCGGACAGAACCGGAAAAGCCAGCAGAGGAAACCCCAGCGACCGCCGUGACGAGUAGUGCUAGCAUUGGAGUCGGUAACAGCACGGAUCAGCCGCCGGAUGCGAGCGCUGACCGGAGCACAUCAGCUGCGAGUCAGGCAAGAGCCGCAACGCCUGCUGUGGUCACGCCCGCACCCACAACCAGCGAUGGCAGUGAUGAUAUUGAUGAGGUCUUACGGCGCCACUUGCCAAAUGUGCUUGGUGCCAUUCAACAGAACAACCUGAUCAACAUCUUCAAAGACAACUGUCGAAGCUUGCCUGUUGAGGAAGGAGACCUCGGAACGAAGGCAGACACUGCUAUGAAGGAAUACCAAUCGUUUACCGACUUGAAAUACAGCAAGGACCGAACAUCAACUUGUGUCCGGUGGCACCCCACAAUCAAAGGUCUGAUCGGCGUGUCCUACGCGCACGCGUUGACCUUCGACGAAAGGAUCGACAUGUCUUCGACGAUUCGCCUGAGCCAGUCGCUGAUUCUGCUCUGGAGUUUCUCUGACCCCAUACAUCCACUGCUGCUACUUGAGGCUCCAGAGGAUGUCACCGUGUUUGAGUUCUGCCCAACACAUCCAAACAUUGUGGCUGCGGGCUGUGUCAGCGGACAGCUCGUCCUGUGGGACUUGUCAGAUUAUGACGGGAAGUUGAGCAACCACAUGGCACUGACCAAGGACGGGAAGAGUGAAGGCGACGACGCUGCGAAGGUGGACACGAAUCGUGAGCGUGACAAGAACUUCUUUGACCGCUCUACAAAGGCUGGACAGGCGGAAACGGUGCAUUAUCACAUCGCUGCAACAAUAGAGGACGGCCAUCAGAGCAUCGUCACAGAGCUGUUCUGGCUGCCGUCUAGUGUUGAGUUCGAUAGGAUGGGAAACCCACUGCGUUCCAAAGCACCCAUGUCUGUGCAGAUCGUCACUGCCGCGGCGGAUGGAUCUGUGAACGUCUGGGACUUGCGACGGCCGCCAAAGAAGCAAAAUGAGAUAGCGAGAAAAGAAGCUGGUCAUCCGGCUGAUGCUGUGCUCAAGACGCAGCGCGGCACACGAAUACCGUCUACCUUCAAACACCUCAGCACCGAGUGGAAGCCAUACGUACAUCUGGUCUAUGGCAAGUCUGAUGCGGGUGUGCCAUACUCCCCGUACAAAUUGGCGACGAGACUCCAGAGUGAACAGGACAAAGAUGCCGUCUAUGAACGAGAAAUUCCAUUGACCACCCUGCCCCCUCCCAGCAGUGCUGACUUGGUUGCAUUGGACGAGAGCAUUGCCAAAUACUACAUUGGAACAGAAGAUGGUGAACUGAUGUACGUCAGCUGGCCAUUCGUCAAAGAUUCCGACUCAGCCAAAUGGAUCACUCAGCGACCACUCAACAUUGACACCACGCACAGCGGCUCAAUAGCCAGUUUGGAGCGCUCGCCGUUUUUUGAAGACAUCAUCCUCAGCGUGUCACAGUGGACGUUCGCACUCUGGAAGGAAGGUGUUGAGGCCGGGCCCCUGAUGCACAGUGCACCGUAUGAGUGUUGCCUGACUGUCGGAAAGUGGAGUCCAACUCGGCCAGGUGUGUUCUUCAUCGGCAAGGCGAACGGUACAGUGGAAAUCUGGGACCUCUUGGACAAAUCACACAUACCAACUCUCUCCCAGAAUAUCUCAGCGCUGGGGAUCACCACACUGGUUCCGCAUAUCCAGAAAGGUCGUAAGAAACAGCAGGUCUUGCUUGCAAUUGGAGACCGCAGUGGCACAUUACACGUCACCCAGCUGCCAUGGUCACUAGCCCACUGUUCUCCGUCUGAGCGGACAUCAGCGCAGGCUUUCUUUGAGCGUGAAGUUGAAAGGCUGACGUACAUGCAGGGCCUACUGGGGAAGAAUGCCGCUGUGAAGAAGACACGGCUGGAAGAGGAGGAGGCCAUCAAAUCGGCAUCUAGACCAGACUCAGAGCCAACGACUGAGCGGAGAGCAAGAUUGAAACAGGAAUACAAGGAAUACCUGGCAUUUGAACACAAGCUGCUAGUCCAGCUGGGUGUGGUCCAGGAGGCGAAGACUGACGAUUGAGUGCUUCGGCAACGCUGCGUAGCUCCAUGACCGGAUAGUGUUCUAUGCCUCUCAGUACCUACUGCAUGCUGACUGCUUAGCCGCGUCAACAAGACUCUGGCCUGCAUACGGUCACUGUGUCGACAUGUUGCUCUCGGCCGUCAAGGCUGGUGUGCUACUCACGGUUAUGGAGCAGCAUGGCCGUGACACAGGGCACUACAGCAUGGCCGUGACACAGGGCACUACAGCGUAUCCUCAUGGAGCAGCAUGGCCGUGACACAGGGCACUACAGCGUAUCCUCAUCACUGACCACCACACACCCCGACCGCUGCUGCACUUCUUUGCUGAAGUUGUGAAGUACCGUCGACUGACUGCUGAUUGAUUAUUCUAUUUCAGGUAUGCGCGGCAAUGUUGUAACUAAUGAGUGAACUGAAUGACGUAUCCCUGAGAAACGGCUGUUUCUGUUUCUCAGGCUUACUCUACACUGUAUAAGCACUUGAGAACGGGCAUUGGCUAACCACAUCACAGUCCGUUAGAACUUAGAAAUCAGCUGUUGUGAGCGUGUGCUGAGCAGUGAUGCACUGGCCCAUGCUAGUACGUAGGUGACUAUGUGCAGCAUUUUAUCACAAGCGCUGCACUGGUCACUGCAUGCUUGAUGGUGAUGCAUGCUCACAAAAUGUGAAUUGAAUAGAAAUGGCAAAUUA